GACUCCAACAGUCACAGAAUGUUGACAACGUCUGUUGGAAAAACAGAAGCAGCAGAAAGACGAGGGAAAGAAAUUGGCUUUGUCGCUUACAGCUUUAAUAGAUUAUAUUAUCUUGGAGGUUUUUACAGCACUGAAUCUCUUUGAAGCCAGGGAACAUUCCAGUAACCAUCCGACUACUGUUUUAAGUUGGAGCCCAACUUGAUUCUCUCAGUAUGUUUCUCUGAGAAGCAGCCAUGGCAGCCGGGGGAACCCUCAGAGAGCUUUGUGAUGAAACUACUUGUCCCAUUUGCCUGGAAUAUUUCACAGAUCCAGUGAUCAUAGACUGUGGGCACAUUUUCUGCCAAGCUUGUAUUACCCAGUGCUGGAGCAAAUCAGACACAGACACUUGCUGCCCUCAGUGCAAAGAAACGGUUCAGGGAAAGAACUUCAAACCAAACCAACAACUGGCAAAUGUUGUGGAACUCGUCAAGAAACUUCAGGAGGGGAAAAGAGCAGAAGAAAAGAGUGGGAUGUGUGCGAGGCACCAGGAGCCCCUGAAACUCUUCUGCAAGGAUGAUGAAGCCCCCAUCUGUGUGGUGUGUGACAAAGCCAAAGAGCACAAGGAACACUGGGUGAUUCCUUUGGAGGAGGCUUCUGGAGAGUUUAAGGAAAAAAUCAAAUCCCGGAUGCAAUCUCUGGAGAAAGAAAGACAGAAGUUGAUGGAACAGACAGUGGUUGAAGAUCAGAGAGGUCAGAAGUGUCUGGCACAAGUGGAAGAGGAGAGGCAGAAGAGUAUUUCUUCCUUUGGGCUAAUGCAGAAGUUUCUGGAGGAGAAAAAGUGCUUCUGGCUGGCUCUGUUGGAUGAUCUGAAAAAGAAGAUUGAGAAGAGACAGGAAGAAAAUGUCACCAGACUCUCAGAGGAGAUUUUUAGUCUCACUAACUUGAUCACAGAGAUGGAAAGGAAGAGCCAGCAGCCAGCAAGUGAAUUUCUGCAGGACAUCAAAAGCACCUUAGCCAGGUGUAAGGGAGCACAAGGGAAACAACUGGUGGACUUUUCUCCAGAGCUGGAGGACACACUCAGAAUUCACUUUGAGAAAAAUAUUGCUCUAGAAAAGGCUGUUGGAAAAUGUGCAGCGUAUCUGGAAGAAGCACUAUACAAAGUGAAUGUGACUCUGGAUCCGGACACGGCACAUCCUGAACUCAUUCUGUCAGAGGAUCUGAAGAGUGUGAAAAAUGGAGGGGGGUAUCGGCAACUACCUGGCAACCCUGAGAGAUUUGAUGUUAGGCCCUGUGUUCUGGGCCGUGAGAAAUUUACUUCAGGAAGGCAUCAGUGGGAGGUGGAUGUAGAGGGGGAAUCAGCCCAGUGGGCUGUGGGAGUCACACGAGAGUCAGUCAAGAGGAAGGGAGAGAUCUCCCUAACUCCUAAUGAAGGAUUCUGGGUUGUGCAGAAGUCAGGCCAUUAUACGUAUGGGCCAUUCUUUGAAAUCUUAGCUUUGACUUCCCCUAAACCAACCAAGUUGUCCUUGGUUAGUAAGCUCAGAAGGAUCCGGGUAUCGCUGGACUAUGAAGAAUCCCGUGUAGCAUUUUCUAAUGUAGAUACAGGCAAACAAAUCUUCACUUUCUCUUCUGCCUCUUUUUCUGGAGAAAGGAUCCGUCCCUUUUUCUUGGUGUAUUCAGGAGUCGGUCUGAAGUGCUGAAUCUCAAGAAGAUGAACACCCACCACCAUCCUGACUAUAGAUGACUUUAUAGUGUUACCUCUUUACCUGCCUGAGAGCACGACAGUGAUAGUGAGACUUAAUGGUCUCCAAGCAAGUGUUGUGGUUUCUUAUUUUUGAUCCAUCUGCAAGGCAAGAGUUGGUGGUACACAGAAAAUUUCAGAUAAAUCAAUCUUGAAUUGUUGCAUUGACUUUCUCUACUUCGUUCACUCUUGCCCUACACAUGGAGGAGUCUAAGAUCUGCAACUGGGAACUGGAAGUGAUGUGUCCAGUCUUAUUUAUAUUUAAGAUACUGAAAUGCUUGGACACCAUUAAGUCUCUCACUGUCUAGCACUCAGGUAGUUAUAGAGGGAACACUAUAACGUAUACAUAUAUGUACUAUAUACACUAUGAUGUGUAUGUAUAUGUAUCAAAUCUCUCCUUGGGGCCAGGUGGCAUUCUAGGUUCUUUCUCUUCUGUCUGAAAUCAAAGCAGAAGCCCUUAUGGGGUUCUAUGCUAGGAGUUGAAGACUUGAGCAAAAAGCAGUGAGGAGAACAGGGCAAUGGAGUUAGUCGAGCAAGGAAAUGAGGCCAUCCACUGUGGAGUAAAUCUAAUCUUUUGUCUUUCAGGUCAAAUUUAAUUGUGGGGGGGACUCAUUUUAAGCUUGCUCCCUACAUAUAUGUUACGUAUGUGGGAUUGUAUUGCCUUGAUGUUACGAGUGCCAGUUCUUAAUUUCCUAUUAAAGCCUGGUUUGGAAA